UCACUUCAAUAAAACAAAAAAAUAUACUUAAUAAAUACUACAAACCGAAAACAAACUAUAUAAACUAUAACCCAAGCAUCAAAACUAUCUUUCUCUCUCUCCCCCUAACAUUCUUCUUUUUUUAUUUUUGUUCUUGCAACUUUCCAUUUUCUCUUCCUUUGUUCUCUCUCUGGAAUGGAGAAUCCUUCCUCUUCACCACCAUUUCCAACUGAGUUAGAUUUGGACAACCUCAAAGCCAUCAAAAUCCUUGGUAAAGGAGCCAUGGGCACUGUCUUUCUCGUCCACGACACAUUUACGGACCCCACAGCUCGUUCCCCGUUUGCCCUCAAAGUUGUCCAAAGAUCCAAACAUGACGCUGACCGUCGAGCCCUUUGGGAAAUUGGGGUAUUGACAAGGCUUUCCCCUCCCGACCCUACUCCUCAGCACCCAUUUCUCCCUCGUCUUUUGGGUCGUCUCGAAACCUCCGAGUUUCUUGCCUGGGCUGUCCCUUACUGCCCUGGCUCGGACCUCAACGUCCUCCGUUACCGUCAAAACGACGGCGUUUUCUCCCCUGCUGUCAUCCGGUUUUACCUGGCUGAGAUAAUCUGCGCUCUCGAGCACCUGCAUUCCCUGGGCAUCGUUUACCGAGAUCUCAAGCCUGAAAACAUCCUCAUUCAACAGUCAGGUCACGUAACUUUAACGGAUUUCGACCUUUCUCGCAACUUAAAGAAGAAGCAAUUAUCGGAAACCUUAACUGACGAGAAAAAGGAUCAAAAUUCAUUGUCCGAAAUUCCGGUUCGACGUAAACAUCAACGAAACUUUAUUAGAUGGAUCCCAGUCGUGCCUGAUAACAAAUAUAAGAAAGCAUUGAAGAAAGCGAAAUCAGCCCGGGUCAGCCCAGUGAGUCGACGAAAGCUCAGUUUCUCAGACGGGGAGCGUUCCAACUCGUUCGUGGGCACUGAGGAAUACGUGUCACCUGAAGUAAUACGUGGCGAAGGGCAUGAAUUUGCCGUCGAUUGGUGGGCUCUCGGAAUUCUAACGUACGAGAUGCUUUAUGGUACUACACCGUUUAAAGGUAAGAAUCGGAAAAAGACGUUUCGAAACGUUUUGACCAAAGAGCCAGAGUUAAAGGGACAACCAAACGCUUUGACGGAUUUGAUCGGACGGUUAUUACAGAAAGAUCCGAAAAAGAGACUCGGAUAUCACAGAGGCGUGUGCGAGAUCAAGGAGCACCCGUUCUUUAAAGGGGUCAGGUGGGAUCUCUUAACGGAGGUGUUACGACCGCCGUUUAUUCCGUCAGGAGACGACGCUGACUUGAAAGAGAAAGUAACGCCAGGAAAAAUAGAUAUACGAGAAUAUUUCCUGAGUUUGAAGUCUCCGUCGUCGAUGCCACCAUCCCCGUUACCUUCACCGUCGAUAGAGCUUAAACGGAACGUUUCUUUCAUGGAGUACUAGCGCAAGUGUAAGGUUCAGUUAGAUAGAUUAUUUUCUUUUAUUUUUAUUUUUGUACUUUUUAAUUUUCAUUUUGAAGUAUACAUAAAAUAAAGGUAGAAAACGUGAAAAUGGCCGGAUUAGUGGUAUAAAAGCCAUUAUAAAUUGUAGAAUUAUACAAUUGUUUAUACGGUUAUUAUGCAGUUUGAUGAGCACCUUUCUUUAGUUACCAUUUUAUAAUUUCCUUCCUUCCACCAUGAGGUUCGCCUGAGGUAAUUUCUUUA